UGAGGCGACGGCGCCCCCCGGCCCAGGCCUGCACCCCCCGCCCCCCGGCAGAGGCGCAGCCGCGGUGCCCGGCGAAGGAUGGUGCGCGGCGCGCCGGGGCCUCUCAGCCGUCACAGCCGCAGCGCCGCAGCCCAGCCAGCCGCGGCUGGCAGCCGACCCCCGCACGGGUCGCGGGGCGGGCGGCGGCGGUGAGGUGCGGAGGGGGCCGCGGCGACCAUGGGGGCCCUGACGAGCCGGCAGCACGCGGGUGUGGAGGAGGUGGACAUCCCGUCCAAUUCCGUCUAUCGCUACCCUCCCAAGUCCGGCAGUUACUUUGCAAGCCACUUCAUCAUGGGAGGAGAGAAGUUUGACUCAACGCACCCUGAGGGUUACCUGUUUGGCGAGAACAGUGAUCUGAACUUCCUGGGGAACAGACCAGUUGCGUUUCCUUACGCCGCCCCACCUCCCCAAGAACCUGUGAAGACACUGAGAAGCCUGAUCAACAUCCGAAAAGACACGCUGAGACUCGUCAAAUGCGCUGAAGAAGUGAAAAGCCCUGGAGCAGAGGCCGGCAGAGCUAAAGUUCACUACAAUGUCGAGUUCACCUUUGACACGGAUGCCCGAGUCGCCAUCACCAUCUACUAUCAGGCCACCGAGGAGUUCCAGAAUGGCAUUGCCAGCUAUAUCCCCAAAGACGACAGCCUGCAGUCAGAGACCGUGCACUACAAGCGAGGGGUGUGCCAGCAGUUCUGCCUGCCCUCGCACACGGUGGACCCCUCGGAAUGGGCUGAAGAAGAGCUUGGCUUUGACAUGGACCGAGAGGUUUACCCUUUGGUGGUGCACGCCGUGGUAGAUGAAGGAGAUGAGUAUUUUGGCCAUUGCCAUGUGUUGCUGGGUACUUUUGAAAAGCACACAGAUGGGACUUUCUGUGUGAAGCCCCUCAAACAGAAACAAGUAGUAGAUGGGGUUAGCUACCUCCUUCAAGAGAUCUAUGGAAUUGAAAACAAAUACAACACACAAGAUUUAAAGGUGGCUGAGGAUGAAGUAAGCGAUAACAGCGCGGAAUGUGUGGUGUGUCUCUCAGAUGUCCGGGACACCUUGAUCCUGCCCUGCCGCCACCUCUGCCUCUGUAACACUUGUGCAGACACCCUGCGCUACCAGGCCAACAACUGCCCCAUCUGCCGGCUGCCGUUCCGGGCACUGCUUCAGAUCCGAGCCAUGAGGAAAAAAUUGGGCCCCUUGUCCCCCACCAGCUUUAACCCCAUCAUUUCAUCCCAGACGUCUGACUCUGAAGAGCAUUCAUCCUCGGAGAAUAUUCCAGCGGGCUACGAAGUAGUGUCUCUCCUGGAAGCCCUCAAUGGUCCCCUCACCCCCUCGCCAGCAGUCCCGCCACUUCAUGUGCUUGGAGAUGGCCACCUCUCGGGAAUGCUGCCUUCUUAUGGCAGUGACGGCCACCUGCCCCCCGUCAGGACGCUCUCCCCGCUUGACCGCCUGGCUGACUGCAGCAGCCAAGGACUCAAGUUCAAAAGGAGUCUCUCCAAAUCCAUUUCGCAGAAUUCUUCCGUGCUGCAUGAAGAGGAAGAAGAGCGCUCCUGCAGCGAGUCAGAGUCUCAGCUCUCUCAGAGGCCGGCCGCUCAGCAUGCCGUUGAGGAAUGUGGCGAAACUCCAGAAAGUGAGAACCUCACCCUGUCCUCAUCUGGGGCCGUUGACCAGUCAUCCUGCACAGGGACCCCGCUGUCCUCCACCAUCUCCUCCCCAGAAGACCCUGCCAGCAGCAGCUUGGCCCAGUCUGUCAUGUCCAUGGCAUCCUCCCAAAUCAGCACGGACACAGUUUCCUCCUUGUCGGGCUCCUACAUCGCCCCUGGCACCGAAGAGGAGGGACAGCCCCUCCCUUCCCCCCGGGCAGCAAGCAGAGGCCCCUCUGAAGAAGGGGAGGGGAUGCCAGCAGAGUCUCCGGAUAGCAACUUUGCUGGCCUCCCUGCCGGAGAACAGGACGCAGAGGGAAAUGACGUCAUAGGGGAAGAAGAUGGCUCUCCCGUGCAAGAAGAUGGUAAAAGACCUUGCCGUUUGCUCCCUUAUAUUGUGCAUCUCUCCUGGGUACUCUUGAAGGGCCAGAGGACAUGCGCAUUUCUAGGUAUGGAGUGUGACAAUAACAAUGACUUUGACAUCGCAAGCGUGAAAGCACUGGACAAUAAGCUGUGCUCUGAGGUCUGCUUACCCGCCGCAGUUCCGGAGUCCUGCCCCAUAAACAUUGAGGAAUAGGUCCCUGGCAGGAAGACGACAACAUGGUCAUUCAUCGAAACACUCAGCACCGGCGCUUAUCAUCCAGCAGCCUGGAGGACCCUGACGACAGGCCCUGUGUGUGGGGUCCUCUGGCUGUCUGAGAGUGCCUACCCUUCUCCCCAGUGCCCCUCCUGUCCUUGCAUUCCAUCUGUCCUCACUGGACCACUGGCCUCUCAGCAUCCAUUGCAGGAUGCAUGUAAACUUUGCAUAUUCACGUCAGAGUUGGAUGUGGAGUUCAACCUGCUGCCACCCAGCCUCAUCUUCUGUCAUCUUGAUCCUUCCCCUAAAAUGGGACCGGAGCACUCCUUUCUCCUCAUGGGCUGAUGCCAUGAAUGACAGCUUGUGAGCAGUCCGCAGAGACUGAACCGUGCGUGCACUGCCCUCAUGGGCAGGUGGAGCUGAGGGCCGGGCUGUUUGUCUCUUCUGCAUUAUUUUCUCCUUAGGGGCAGACCAAGCAAGCAGACUCAGAGUGGUGGCAGCUUUGUUACAUCUGACAAUUUCUGGUCUUUGGUACCUCAUGACCAAUUUGAAACCACCAAUUUGGGGAUGUCUCAUGUAGAAGAGCGGUCAAUCCUGUGCUAGGUGUGAGGUUUUCCUCUGAAAGCAUUGAGAGCUUUGUUCUCAAGGACGAGGGAGAGGGUGGCAACCAAAAAGGCUGUUGGAAAAGCUGG